AUGAGCGCGGGCGACGUCGAGGAGCCGUGCGCUUCUCCCGCGUUUGUGAACCCUUACGAAGGGAAUAGAAAUUUGACGCCGAAUGAGCAAGUGCUUCUCGGUGAAUAUGUGCGUCUCGCACAAACGAUGCGCCGGCAGGUCGCAGCGCUAAGCACACAGCUGAGUGCGAGCACAACGCAUGCAUCCGUGCUGAACGAUCUUCGUGUAGUGGAGCGCAAGAUGGGCCUGGUGCUCACAUUAUUCAAGGCGAGUGUUUGGGCGAUCGUGAUGCAACAGAACGACGCGCAGGAAGAGGAGAUGGAGGAAAUUGAGGAGCAGUACGCGCAGCUCGGUAUACCCGAGGAGGACGAGGAACUACUUGAGGACCUGUGA